AUGAAAGAUGAUGGAAAACAAUCAAUCGUCACAAAAACAGCUAUCCUAUACCAAACUCAAGGAGAAGAAGUUGCAGGUGGAGGAGAGAAGAAUGGGAGCGACGACGGAAGUGUAGUCGGGAUUGAUGGGAGGGAUGGCAAGUUUGGAAGUGAAGUUGUCGGAAGAGGAGGCAACGCUACUUUGGUUGGGAUGUUUAUGGGGAGGCUUGGAAGUGGAGGAAGUGUAAGCUUAGGGAGGGAAGGUAGUGGGAAGUUUGGGAUGGAUGGAAUACUCGGACCGGUUGGCACUGGUGGUAGAGGCGGUACUGCAGAUGGCUUAGGUAGUGAUGGCAUUGGUGGCAAAUUUGGAAUUGUCUGCAGAAGAUGUCGAGAAGUUCGAGCAGCAUCCACGCUUGAAAAUGCCAAAGUAACCAUGAAGGCGAGAAUGAAGCAGUUGAAAGAAGCCAUACGUAUGAAGAAAAUUAUGGAGGUUUGAAGGGUUUAGGGUUU